CAGGAGGAGGGGACAUAAGAACGAGAAGUGAGAAGUUCCUGGUUUGCAAGUAAAAAAGAAAAGAAGCAACAUUAACCCAUCAGUGGCUCAAGAUGAAGGUCUAUCACCUUUUGAUCUGCUUCAUCCUCCUGAAUCUUCAGAAUGGAAUCACUUGUCUUGCCAAUCCAGAAACUCCCAACUAUACAGAAAUGGAAGGACGAAACACCACAGAAGUGAACUCAACAGAUCUGGGCUUUGGCUUAUCCACACCUACUUCAAGACCGCAGACCUCUCCAUCCGUUCCGGUUAAUGUCACUGGUACAACAGCAGUGGACAACAGCACAGGAGUUGAGGGGGAGGUCCGCCUGGUAAACAACAGUUACGGCUCCUGCUCUGGCAGGGUGGAGAUCUUCCACAGAGGCCAGUGGGGGACAGUGUGUGAUGAUUCUUGGGGCCUGGAGGAUGCUCAGGUGGUAUGUAGGCAACUGGGCUGUGGUAGGGUCCUCUCCAUACCAACUAAUACACAAUUUGGUGCAGGCAGAGGGCCCAUCUGGAUGGAUGAUGUGGCAUGCACAGGCUGGGAAUCCAACCUGUUCGAGUGUCGCCACUCAGGGUUUGGAUCUCACAACUGCGGCCACAGUGAAGAUGCUGCUGUCAUCUGUGAAGAAUCUCAAGGGAAUGUCCGCUUGGUUAAUGGAGGACAUGGCUCCUGCUCUGGCAGGGUGGAGAUCUUCCACAGAGGCCAGUGGGGGACAGUGUGUGAUGAUUCUUGGGGCCUGGAGGAUGCUCAGGUGGUAUGUAGGCAACUGGGCUGUGGUAGGGUCCUCUCUGCACCAACUAAUGCAAAAUUUGGAGCGGGCAGAGGAUCCAUCUGGAUGGACCAGGUGACAUGCACAGGCUGGGAAUCCAACCUGUUUGAGUGUCGCCACUCAGGGUUUGGAUCUCACGACUGCAGCCACAGUGAAGAUGCUGGUGUCAUAUGUGAAGACCCUGGAUUUCCUUAUUCCACACCUGCUUCAAGAACACAGACCUCUCCAGCUUUUCAGGUUAAUGUCACUGGUUCAACAGCAGUGGACAACAGCACAGGAGUUGAGGGGGAGGUCCGCCUGGUAAACAACAGUUACGGUUCCUGCUCUGGCAGGGUGGAGAUCUUCCACCCUGCCAGAAGAAGCUAAUAACUCAGACAGACAGCAGUAACAUUCUGCAUGUAAAUAA